AUACCAUUCUCUCGCCCACACAUCCGCCAAAAUGGUCCGCUACGCUGCGACCGAGAUCGAAUCCGCUAAGAGCGCCCGCGCUCGUGGCUCUUACCUGAGAGUCAGCUUCAAGAAUACUCGCGAGACCGCCCAGGCCAUCAACGGCUGGAAGCUUCAGCGCGCCCUCACCUACCUCCAGAACGUCCAGGAGAAGAGCGAGGCUGUGCCAAUGAGGAGAUAUGCCGGGAGCACUGGCCGUACUGCCCAAGGCAAGCAGUUCGGUGUGAGCAAGGCUCGCUGGCCCGUCAAGAGCGCCGAGUUUCUCUCGUCGCUCCUCAAGAACGCCGAGGCCAACGCCGACACCAAGGGUCUGGACACCAGCAACUUGAUUGUGAAGCACAUUCAGGUCAACCAGGCACCAAAGCAGCGCCGCCGCACAUACCGCGCUCACGGAAGAAUCAACCCAUACAUGUCCAACCCAUGCCACAUCGAGUUGAUCCUCACCGAGGGCGAGGAGGUCGUCCAGAAGGCCCCAGACACUCUCGCCCGCCAGGCUCACCUGAACUCCCGACAACGCGCCCAGCGUACUCGCAAGGCUAUCGCCGCCGCAUAGGGGAGUGUCGCAUUGGAAAGUGGAGUUCACAUUCGGAUCGGGUUUGGCGCACGCAAUUCGCUCAUGAUAGCGAUCAGGAAAGGGUAUUGCAAAAGACGCAUGGUGCCAAUACGCUCACGCAGAAAGCGAUCUGCUCCUGCCUUCCGCAGCAGUGUCUCUCUCGGACGAAUCAAAAAGCCGUCUACAACGA